AUGACAACACACACACACACAUACUUCGACAUGGUGUCCCUUUUAACAGACUCGUUGUUUGAAAUCUCUGGACGGGGUCCUCCACCUAAUAAGAAUUUUUAUUAUUUUUCUGUCACCAAGUCAGCGGUGAUAUGGAGAUGGUGGAAGAUAUCUCUGAGAACUGUGGACAGGUACUCCAAGCCUGGGGAGCUUAGGGAGUCUCACCAGGACUUCUUGGAUGACACUUGGCUGCAGAGUGAGGUCAGUAUGGUUUUCGGUCGUCGAAACUUGCUGCACACCAAGGCUUUGUGCCAAGGCCGUUAUGAUUAUCUGGAUUACCUGUCUGACUCCUUACUUCUUCGGAUAAUAAAUUAUUUAGAACUAGAGGAUGUGGGUCAGCUUGGACGAACGUCACGUAGGUUCAGGCAGCUGUGUGGGUCAGAGGUGUUUUGGGAGCAGGCAGUGCGGCGGCACUGCAACUCAGUUUCAGUUGAGGUGGCGUUUCUGGCGCUUGAGGUGGGCUGGCGCAGCAUCUUCUUCACCAGCAAGCUACAGCUGCAGAAGUUGAUCAGCCGCAGGAGGCUAAAGACCGAGGAGCGACAAGAAGGACAGGUCUGUGAGCGAGAUAAAAAAGCAGAGGAAUCUCCUGAUGAAAGCACAGAGACAACAGAGGCAUCCAGUUCUGAGGUGGAAUCUCACCCUGGCAUUAUCCCUGCUCUCAGCCUUGGCAUUAGCACUGCUACUGGCUUUGACACCAGCUCCUGCUGUGAUGUGGAUCCUGACGCUAAACCUGAACCAGAGGCUGGCUCUGAUUCAAGCGAGCCUUUGCCUGACCAAUUCUUGGAAGAAGUAAAGCACUGUGGGGCGGAAACACCAGCACAGCGCAGUGCACUUAGCAGUUGUAAAGGAGAUUGCAGUACAGAGCCAAACAAGUCCUGUGUUUCAGACUUACUGUUAUAUUGAUAAGCCAUUUACACAUAUUCAUCACCCUAAAAUGAGUUAUGUAUUGAUUAUUGGAAGAAUAAUAACUUUCAUCUGUCAAAUUUAAAAUGUUUCUGUUAUGUUUGUUAGAUAUUAUUAAUCUGUUGUCAAUCCUCUACAGGAUAUUUGGGGACAUUUUCAUUAGUAUGUCCAUCGGCAUACAUUAAUCAAGUCCAACAUUGUAUACUAUUUUAA